AUGGGAAACAUAAGGUCCUCAAUACCCGAAGAUCUUAUCUGUCCAAACAAUACUAAUGCCUCCACCAAAAGCGAACUACAGAUGACAGUGCUGGGCACACUCAUGUCCAUUCUUGUCUUGAUCAUCGUCUUUGGCAAUGUGAUGGUGAUUACAGCCAUUAGCCGCUUCCAGCGUCUUCAGAACGUCACUAACUGCUUCAUUACAUCACUUGCGUGCGCUGAUCUGGUCAUGGGAUUGGUAGUGAUUCCCUUCGGUGCCCUUUACAUCAUCCUGAACACUUGGCACUUUGGCCACUUCUUGUGUGAUUUUUGGACCGCCACUGAUGUUCUGUGCGUCACGGCCAGUAUCGAGACACUCUGUGUCAUCGCUAUGGAUCGUUACAUCGCCAUCACAUCCCCAUUCCGCUACCAGUCCUUACUGACCAAGAACAGAGCUCGCUUCAUUGUGCUGAUGGUAUGGGUCAUCGCCGGGCUCGUUUCCUACCUACCUAUCCAUAUGGAGUGGUGGAUUUCCACUGAUAACGAGACACUCUGUUGCUAUAACAAUACAUACUGUUGUGAAUUUGACAUAACUUAUUCCUAUGCCAUUGUGUCAUCCAUAAUCUCCUUUUACAUCCCCCUGGUCAUCAUGGUUUUUGUUUACAGCCGUGUGUUCCAGGAGGCAAGGAAGCAGCUGAAGAAGAUCAACAAAACUGAAGGCCGGUUUCAUGCUCAGAAAUCCAACAGCAGAAAUCAAGAUGUGGCGAACAACCACAGCGAGAUGAGGAGCACCAAGAAGGCCAAGUUUUACCUGAAGGAACAUAAAGCUUUGAAGACUCUGGGCAUCAUCAUGGGUGUAUUCACACUGUGCUGGCUACCAUUUUUUGUACUCAAUGUUAUUCCCAAGGGCUCGGUGGACAUCUGGACUUUCAGAAUCUUAAACUGGAUAGGGUACGCAAACUCUGCCUUCAAUCCACUGAUCUACUGUAGGAGUCCAGAUUUCAGGUACGCGUUCAAGGAGAUCCUAUGUCUCAACAGGUCACGCUAUCCUAACGUCAGGCCAAACAAUGGAUAUAUAUAUAAUGCACACAGCUGGCAGAGUGAAAACCGGGAGCAGAGCAAAGGCAGCUCGGGGGACAGUGACCAUGCUGAGGGGAACUUGGCGAAAGAGGAAUGCCUGUCAGCAGAUAAAACAGACUCUAAUGGGAACUGCAGCAAAGCCCAAAUGAGAGUGUUGUAA